CGCCGUCAGCAGUCGGAAAUAGGCCAUGAGCCCGCGCCAGGACGUCGACCUCGCGCCGCUGCUCAUGAGCGAGGCCGCGCAUGCUGUCGCCGUGGACGACGACGAUGCAGCAACAUCUGCACCGGCGCUCAUGGUCUUUGCCUCGCACGUCAUGCGGCCGUCGGACGUGUCGAUGGUGCAGCUCUACAUCGUCGACCAUCUUCGCGUUGGUGGCAAGACCAAGUACGUCAUUCACGCGCUGCACCUGGGCACGCAGACGCAAUGGUCUGUGGCCCAGAGCUACUCGGCCUUUGAGACCCUGCGCGAGCGCCUCUUCAGCUGUGUGCGCUUUACACGCUAUCGGUGCCCAGGCUGCGUGAGCUUUGGCCGUAUCAUUGAGCGCUUUCCGUUUCCGGGCAAGAAGGUCUUCAAGCACUCGGACAAGGUCGUGUACGAGCGGUCGCUUCAGCUCGCUCGCUUCCUCUCCUGCAUCAUGGCGCACACGUUCACAUCCACCCCCAAGUGCCAGAUUUGCGGCGGAAAGGCAUUCGAGAUCGCAAAAGCCUUCUUGCUCGACGGCGCAACCCCGCUCACUGCCGGCGCGACGCUCGACGCGAUCGCAGAGUCGCUCGAGCCGCGUCGCUUCUUCCACGAGUAUUGUCGGACGGCAAGCAAAAUUGAGUGCUAUCGAGGCCGCACGAUCGUCAAGGUCGUGCAAGUCCAACGCGUGCCGCUCUCGAGCCUGAGUGUGCCCAUGUACACCCCACCCAUCGCAGCAGCCGACCCAAUGACACCGUCGUCCACAUCCAUGGUGCGCCAUCGCCAAGUGGCCGCCGUGUAGGCUGCCAGCGCACGCGUGUAACUACGCUUCCCGUAAUACAUGCGUGCUUGUUUAAUUUGCAAGGGUGAUCGCCGCCAACCAUUCGAUCACCUACUAUCAGA